AUGUCGUCACAGCUUUUUGGCAAGGCAGCGCCUGCAAACGAGAUCGAUGGUCCUUUCGACGAAGACCCAACCAUCACCCGUUCAGAUCCCAAUAUGAACACAAUCCCCUCUGAAGAGAUUGAGAGGCGGAUACUCGACUACCACCAGCUCGCAGCCGAAACACAAGCUCGCCAUCGCGCCUUAUCGAUACGUUUCGACCCCAACAACCUUCUUUACAGCGACUUCUCCACAGACCGCUUCGAUCGUACGGCCCGCGACUUCAUCGAACACUACAGGCAGCUACGGCGACAUCCCGGCAUCGUGGACCCGGAACAGUUCUACGCUGAGGUCCGCAAACUUCGCGCAGAGGAGGACAGGAAGGGCAUUGAGCUCGAGCACCGCCAGUACUUCUCCGGCGGAAAGUUCGACGAGACGGACCUGCUGUGUCGUAUUGAUCCGACAGAUACUCGACUCGCUGGGGAGGAGUGCAUAAUCUGCCAGGAUGGCUUCGAGCCUGAGGCUCGGGAUCCGAGGAGAAUGCCGUGUGGACAUAUAUUCCAUUGGACUUGCAUCUCGCAGUGGUAUUAUAGGACGAAUCGGACUUGUCCCUACUGCCGGCGGCGGUAUCAGGUUAUGACUCUGCCGCGGUUCUUGCCGCCGCCGCGAGUGUCCAAGGUACGUGGACAGUGGUAG